GUGUCCCAAACGUGAACUUCAGCUGCAGAAAAUAGACUAGCCGAGGCGUUGCCUAGACUGUAAAGACAACUAUAAGAGACAGCCCCCCCUUUCCCCAUACCCUCCAAAUAAAAACACCAACAAGAACAUUGUCACAUCGGGAAGAUAUUCGCGGUCGGAUGUAAAGUCAAAAUCGUAACCAGUUAAGAGAGAAGAAGUCGUUUGAAUUGACGAGGCACCCAAGAUGUCGGGUCAAGACUUGAAGCGCCGAAAGACGAGGAAUAUCUCUGAAGCCACACACACCCAAAAGGGUUCUGCCACAAGGAGGAAAUGUGUAAAAAGUCAGAAGACACACUCCGCAGCAGAGAGCACGUCAACAGGUGGCGCGAACAGCAAAGUGACCAGUAACGCAGAGAGACUGUCCCGUAUCAGCUGCGAGUGUGUCCAGCUCGCAGGUAGGCGGCGAUGCUCAGCAUCUCCUCUGCUGGACGGACAGGAGGGAAAAGAGAACGGGCUCAGAUCGGCUCUUUUGCCGGACACCUGCGUAUGGUAUGAUGUACAAGACAGGCCUGCACCUGAGGACAUGGAUUCUGAAGAAAUGGACAAAAAUAUGUUUCCCGAUGAUGACAGCAACCAAAUUCUUCCUGUAGAACAGUUCUUUGGGAAUCUGGAUACCGCACAGGAUUUUCCUCAGAGAACAUCAGUGACUUCUUCCCGUCAGCAGAGGCAGCACAGACGGCGGCACUACUUUGCUCGAGAGGACAGCGAUGAGGCUGACGAGGAGGCAGGCCGUGAAUUUACGGCGAAAGAGUACAGUGGUGGCACUUUGUGAAGAGACACUUCCCUAAUGGACUUUUCAGCACUUAGCAUAAGCAGCCGAAAGAAAUGUAUUUCGUCCACUCAGCUGUCACAAGCGGCAAGGUAAUUUGAACUAGUUUUUGGGUACUGCAGUUGACAUUUGAGGAAAACGUCCCACUUGGACACCCAAGUAUGGUGAGCUAAAUUUUCAAUUAGUGGUUGUUGAACAGGAUGAUCAGCGAACCAACCUCAAGACCAUCACUAAUUAUUAUUAUGUAAACCUGAUGUGCUGGAGGGGAAAAAAACUGUCUAAUAAUCACUUUUGGAGGAGAGUCAAUUCUUUUUGCAAAGUUGCUAUUAAUGGUCAGGCUUGGUCUCUAUUUUCCUCGAAUAGUGAAGCGUCCAUUCUAUGGUUAUCGGUAAUUUAAUUUUUCUCAUCAUGUCAAUCAAAAACGAACAUGAUUCUUUUGAUAAGGGAUGCACGCUAACUGUUUUGUUUCCCCGCCAAUAUGGUAACUGCCAGCUUCUCCAAACCGAUACGAAAACCAAUUUGUAGAAGAUAUAUUUUUUGCAUCCGACAAAUAUAGCGCUCAUGUUUACAAACUACAUGGGUAUGUAAACUUGGGGUCAUAAUUGUACAUCCGUUGUUGCGGUUUAAAGAAUUAGAACAUUUAGCUUUGAUGUAGUGCUGGAUUGAAGUAUCAUCCUUUAGCGUCCAUUCACGUAUUUCGCUAAUCCAAUCUUUCCCCUCCAGAACGUCCACAAGGCCGCACAUGACUGCAUGUUGAGAUUUUACUCAUUCAGGUUUUUGGAACAUAAAAUGCAUUUUAAUUGCAGUCGAUUCAUGACAUACUAAAGGUGCUAUUUUUUUAUAAAGAAGUUGCCAUGCCAAGUAACAACAGACAUGAUAAACAUCAUAAAUCCACUCUGCAGUUUUCAGACGCAGCGAAUUGACGUCUUUGUUUCACACAAGCGGCCAAACGGAGAAUGUACAAGAUAUAAUAUUGGGAUGAUGCAACUUGAACGCAGUACCGUUUCAAGUAACCAGAUCCACACCAAGAACCGAAUGAAAAAGAACAUUUAUUAUUUGAAAUUGUUUUGUAUUCUCACAGCGUUCAUGGAAUUGCACUUGGGCAGCUUUAACAUUGUACAUCUGUGUAUAUUCAGUAUGCCUAUGUGUAUAUAUAUAUAUAUAUAU